CAUCUCUGCUCAAGGAAGUCAUCUUUUCCUUUUUCCCACGCAACGCUAAACAUCACAAACUUUUGUCGGCCAGCAGAGUUCUUGUAAACUAUCACUGCGAACGCAGCUCUUCUUGAAAUACCACCCGGCCGGUCUUCCCUCCGAGUCUCGCUCGCGGUCCGGCGGUUUUCGUCCUGCAGCACGAGCGUGGGAAAAUUCAUACUUUUCAAGCAGGCAGACAAUCGGAACUGGCACCAUCGAAAACACAAUGUCUGAAGAGAGCGCUUCUUUACAUGACUUCUCUCCGAGUGAGCAUGGAGGUUCAGAGGGUUCUGGCUUCUUGAACAUGUUUGGCAAGCCCCGUUCCGCAAGAGGCCAAUCAACUGCUGGCAGAAAGCUUUCCCGGCUCCCUUUUCAAUUCACAGGCGGAUGGCGAGCGACCCCGCCCGCGGCGGAAAGCCUGGAAGACCUAAGCGACCAAGGGGUCACCUCUCCGAUGGCCGUCGAAAGUAUUUCGGAGCUCAACAGUAUACAAGCUUCUGCCGAGCGCGGCCCUACCUCUGAAGAGCCCGCCGGGCAUUCGCCGAAAAUAAACCACGGGAAUAUGCGCUCGAACCUUACUGAAUCGCCGCCCCCGGAUUUCAAAACGAUGAAUCAACGCACCAUCCCAUCCAUGACUUCUGCUGACCAUGCUACGGAUGGAAACCCACACCACACGUCCAGAGUGCCAGCCAUCGGGAUCGGUACCAUGGAACUAGCUGUCCGCUCAAGCUCUGACACCAGGGGGAAAAGGCCACCGGUGCUUCAAGCUUCCUCGUGGAGAGCCUAUGGAGGCCACAUGGCGAAAGACGUGUCUCAAGCCACUCUGGACCGAUUCGACCAGUCAACUGUCGAAGACUCAUCCUCCUCUUCCAUGGAUCGGCCUUGGGAACAAGAAGUUCAGCAUCUUCAAUCCAUCGUCUCGUCCGUCGACGCAUCGCGCGAAGACACGAGCGAUCAGCAGUUUCGGAGGAGGCCUAGAUUUGACGAGGACGAAGAACAUCACCCACAAGGAAAGAGCGGAGCAUCCGACAUUGUGCCUUGGCAGUCCAAAACCGCAUCAAUAUCUGAUCGCAAUGCCAGAGAGGCACGUUCCAUGGAUCUUGGCUUUGUCGGGACGGUGGAGGUCGAGAACCAGCUAGCCGUCACAAUGAUGGAUUUGGCGGAACACAUUCAGAUCCAGAACUCAUCCAGGCAAAAGAGGCUGGAGGAACUGAAAGCGGAAUUGCAAAGUGCUCAAAGCUGCGUUGUGGAACAAGCAAGUGUGAUACAGAAUCUCAAAAACAGCAGUCGUGUCGUUGUUCAGGCGGUCGACGGCCACCGGGCGAAAGUGAAGUUCAAUCAACAUCGGUGAGAUUCGUCCACGCUUGGAUACUCACGGUUUCCGGUAUCCUGGCUGACAUAUUGUGUCGAUAGCGUCCAGUCCUUGAUCGAGUCC